AUUCACAGCAUUCCUCCAGAAAAGACACAUGAUACGACAUCUCAAUAUUAUUUCUUCCAACAUGUCUUUGAAUCGUAGAAGAAUAGAGAGCGCUGAAAAUCGUUACAAAAUAAAUCAAAUACUUCUCUCGUCACUGAAUUUAUGGCCGUUUCAACAAUCAAAAUAUACGAAAAUUAUUCGUACCUUUCACUUUGGCAUAAUGACAUCUUUUAUAUUCUUUCAGUUGACAUCGUUCGUUACAUAUGAAGUUACUCUAGAUGUCAUCAUUAUGGUUCUUUCAUAUGCCAUACCGUCUUUUAUAUAUGUGAUACAAUAUUACUCAUUUUCUUUCAAACCUUAUACAGUGAAGCGAAUUUGGAAAGAUAUUCAUAACAGCUGGGAUUUGAUGAAAAACGGAGCGGAGCGCAAAAUAAUGCGGCAAUAUUCAAUCGCGGGUGAACAGAUCACGAUAUUACUAUCACGUAUGAAAGUUGUUAAAAAACGCUAUAAUUAUGUGAGAAUGCCGCUGUAGCGGCAUAUCGCAUAUCCUUAGUAUUAUACAUAGCACGUAACAUUACGAUGAUUAAUAGUUAAUAUUAGCCGCACCCCAGGGGAUGUAGGGGAAAAGGGUCAAAUGGGAGCCACUUAAGGAUAAAGUCAAAAAAACAUAUUAAAAAUAUUAUAUAUUUAUUUGAACUUAAGCGAAUCUUAAACUAGAACAAAUGAGCUUUUGAAUAGAGUUCACAAGAACUGUUAAAAAGUAUUGAAUAUAAGUAUUUUUUUAACUUGAAGAAAAAGUAGCUUUGGCUCCCAUUACCAAAGGUACGAGGUAAUGAGAGUCAGUACACGGAGUACUUAGAACCAAAAUCUCUAAAUAAACCUAAAACAAUAUAUAAAUAAAACAAUAUAUAUAUUUUUUGCCAUAUUACGACACAAAACAAUAUACUUUUAUGAACAGAAACUGUAAUUAUCAUAGAAAAAUACAAAAUCUAAAAUUAAUAUACUUUUAUCAAUAGAAACUUUAAUUAUUA